AUGGUCACCAACUUUGAGGUCAAUUCAGUGUCGCCACUAAUGUUUACAAAAGCACUGUUGCCAGUGCUUAAGCAAUCGGGAGCAACCAAGCGCAAAACAACCGUGGUCAACAUUUCAUCAUAUCUGGGCUCAAUUGGUGAAGCGCAUAAGUUUGGACCGGCUAUGUAUUACCCGUACUGUACGAGUAAAGCGGCUCAAAAUAUGAUCACAAAGUGUCUGUCCGUUGAUUUGGCGCCACAUGGUAUUAUUGCUGUGGCCGUACACCCGGGCCACGUGCAGACCGAUAUGGGCGGUCCCAGAGGGGCCAUUAAUGUGGAGACUAGUGUUAAUGGUAUACUAAACGUGUUAAAUAAGUUGACUGAUAAUGAUGCUGGCAAAUUAAUUGGUUACGAUGACACCACGGUGUUAAUAACGGGAGCCAAUCGUGGCAUUGGUCUCGGAUUAGUGACCGCACUGUUGGCCAAACCCAACGGUGGACCGAAGCACGUGAUCGCCACUACACGACAGGCCACUAAUGCGGCGUUGGAUGAGCUCCGGGACCGACACUCAAACCUCCAUGUCCUACAACUGGACGGU